UUUUCUGCCUCUCUUUUGUAAGGUCCAUCAUGAGUGAGAAAUGGGACUCAAACUCUUCAGAAAACUGGUAUCACAUCUGGAGUGUCAAUGACACACAGCAUCACCUGUAUUCAAACAAUAGUAUUACCUAUGUGAACUACUAUCUUCACCAUCCUCAAGUGGCAGCAAUCUUCAUUAUUUCCUACUUUCUGAUCUUCUUCCUGUGCAUGGUGGGAAACACCGUGGUUUGCUUUAUUGUUAUGCGGAAUAAACACAUGCAUACUGUCACUAAUCUAUUCAUCUUAAACCUGGCAAUAAGCGAUUUACUGGUUGGCAUAUUCUGUAUGCCUAUAACACUGCUGGAUAAUAUUAUAGCAGGAUGGCCAUUUGGAAAUACAAUGUGCAAGAUCAGUGGAUUGGUCCAGGGAAUAUCAGUUGCAGCUUCAGUCUUUACUUUAGUAGCUAUAGCAGUGGAUAGAUUCCGGUGUGUUGUCCACCCUUUUAAACCAAAACUCACUAUCAAGACAGCAUUUGUCAUUAUUGUGAUCAUCUGGGUCCUGGCCAUCACCAUUAUGUCUCCAUCUGCAGUAAUGUUACACGUACAAGAAGAGAAAUAUUACCAAGUAAGAAUCAACUCUCAGAAUAAAACCAGUCCAGUCUACUGGUGCCGGGAGGACUGGCCACAUCAGGAAAUGAGGAAGAUCUACACCACUGUGCUCUUCACCACCAUCUACCUGGCUCCCCUAUCCCUCAUUGUCAUCAUGUACGGAAGGAUUGGGAUUUCGCUCUUUAAGUCUGCAGUGCCCCACACAGGCAAGCAGAGCCAGGAGCAGUGGCAUGUGGUGUCCAAAAAGAAGCAGAAGGUCAUCAAGAUGCUCCUGACCGUGGCUCUGCUUUUCAUUCUCUCCUGGCUACCCCUAUGGACUCUGAUGAUGCUCUCAGACUAUGUUGACCUUUCUCCAAAUGUACUGCGGAUCAUCAACAUCUACAUCUACCCUUUUGCACACUGGCUGGCCUUCUGCAACAGCAGUGUCAACCCCAUCAUAUAUGGUUUCUUCAAUGAGAAUUUCCGCCGUGGUUUCCAAGAUGCUUUCCAGCUCCAGGUCUGCUGGAAAAGAGGAAAGCCCCAGGAAGCCUAUAUCCUAGGAGCUAGAAACAAUGUGCUCAUAAACACAACUGCUCAGCUCGCCCGGGAACCUGAGUUUCAAAACCCACCUGGGGAAAAUUUGCUUUAUGGAAAAAGUGCUGAAAACCUCCAAAAGGAAUUAGCGAUGGAAGAAUUGGGAAAAGCUCCCAAGAGUAAUGAGAUGUAAGACCUGGUGUGAUAAUACUAACUUUAAUGUGUGUUAUAUAUGUAAACACUGUUGCUUUUUGUGACUUUGUACUGUAAUUCUUUCUAAGGCACUAAAGAUAAUAUUUACUGAAAGCCCUCUCUGGCAAAAAAUAAAAAAUGUAAACAAAAUAAUCAAGUGGUAUAUAAAAUAUGUACAGUGACUCACAGAUUUGCCUGAAUAAAUCUGAUUCUAAGAAACAGUU